AUGCCGUGUCGUAGCGACACAUACCUUCUUGUGUGCCACAUGUGCCGACACACAUCGCUUGUACGCGCGAUUAUGGCGGCCAGAUCCCAUGGCAGGACCUCAUUAUUCAAAGAGAGGGCCGUCACAACACCCCCAAGGAUUUCACAGCUGUUACAGCCCUGGAGCAGCAAAGAGUGAGGGCACUGGAUAAGGUGACCGUACUAGAUAAUAGUAGCUAUAGCCCAGUAAUGCAUAUCAAAUACUCAAAUUCUUCUUUGAUUUACCAAUACAACCCAUUGCAAUAUACAGCAGUACAUGAGCAAAGCAUUCUUCCGAGAAAAAGCAUUCUUCUGUUCAUGAUCCUUGCUCUUGGCGACACGAAACAACGCCCUCAAAUCCAAGAUGACCGCAAUAAGCAUCGACAACCUCUUUGGGCUCCAAUUGCUAGUCGUAUCCCUCAUUCAUGUUGAUUUUGGCCCAUUGGGCUUCAACCCUCCACACACCCAUCGAAUGGCGAUAGAGAGCUCAGUCUCACUGUCAUCAAAAACAAGCUCUACGUCUAUUUCGUGA